ACACGACCUUCUGAGCGAGUGAGGUCCUGCGUGAGAGGCUCCUUUGGGCGUGUUGCCAUGGCUACAACCUCUCAGCUGUUCAGGGCACUGCAUGGCAGGGACUUCAGUCGUAUCUGGACUUCUUCUUUCUCGUGCCAAACCCAUCUGCCUUGCUGCCAGUCGUUUCAGCCAGGUGCCUGUCUGAACCAGCGGAGCCCUAACAUAGAACGAAGAUGGUACCCGACGCGCGGUUUCAGGACCUCGGCCGUUCAACACAGCUACCACCUAAGCCCACCUCAGGUCAACAGCAUCCUGAAAGCCAACGAGUACAGCUUCAAAGUGCCUGAGUUUGAUGGUAAGAACCUCAGCACCGUCUUGGGCUUUGACAGCAAUCAGCUGCCAGCCAACGCUCCAAUCGAGGACCGACGCAGCGCGGCGACCUGCCUCCAGACGAGGGGGAUGCUACUGGGCGUUUUCGACGGGCACGCCGGUUGUGCGUGCGCCCAGGCCCUCAGCGAGCGCCUCUUUUACUACAUCGCCGUGGCGAUGCUCCCUCACGAGACCCUGGUGGAACUGGAGAACGCAGUGGAGAGCGGACGUCCCCUGCACCCCAUCCUGCAGUGGCACAAGCAUCCCAACGACUACUUCAGCAAGGAGGCUUCGCGCCUCUAUUUCUCCAGCCUGCGCACCUACUGGCAGGAGCUCCUGGACCUGAGCAACCCCGGGGAGACGCCCGACGUCAGGGAGGCACUCAUCAACGCGUUCAAACGGCUGGACAAUGACAUUUCCCUGGAGGCGCAGGUUGGCGACCCCAACGCCUUCCUCCACUACUGGGUACUGAGAGUUGCCUUUUCAGGUGCCACCGCCUGCGUCGCCCACGUCGACGGCAACGACCUUCACAUCGCCAACACGGGCGACGGAAGGGCGGUCCUAGGGGUGCAGGAGCCCGACGGCUCGUUCUCGGCGUUGACGCUCUCCAACGACCACAACGCGCAGAACGAGGACGAGGUCAGGCGGGUGCGGUCCGAGCACCCGCCGAACGAGGCCAAAACGGUGGUGAAGCAGGAUCGACUGCUGGGACUGCUCAUGCCGUUCCGCGCCUUCGGCGACGUCAAGUUCAAAUGGAGCAUCGAGCUGCAAAGGCGGGUGCUGGAAUCUGGGCCGGACCAGCUGCACCAGAACGAACACACCAAGUUCAUCCCACCCAAUUACCACACCCCGCCCUACCUGACGGCCGAACCCGAGGUCACCUACCACAGGCUCCGCCCACAGGAUCGGUUCUUGGUGCUGGGCUCAGACGGCCUGUGGGAGACGCUGCACAGACAGGAGGUGGUACGCAUCGUCGGCGAAUACCUGACAGGCGUACACCAGCAGCAGCCAAUCACAGUCGGCGGCUACAGGGUUACCUUGGGGCAAAUGCACGGGCUGCUUUUGGAGAGGAAGGCGCGUAUCUCGUCCACAUUCGAGGACCAGAACGCGGCGACGCACUUGAUCCGCCACGCGGUGGGAAACAACGAGUUUGGCACGGUGGAUCACGAGAGACUGUCGAAGAUGUUGAGUCUGCCCGAGGAACUCGCCAGAAUGUACAGGGACGACAUCACGAUAAUUAUAGUGCAGUUCAACCCGCACGUCAUCGGGGGGCAGCAAAACUGA